AUGAUACCUACCUGGCGAGGUGUGUGGGGUAGAUUCGGAUUGGAUACAUCGAUUGGAUCCUGCUCUAUUUUGCUUGAUGACAAUGGCCACACUCCAAAAGAAUUUCUCUUCAUUGCUGCAUUUAUGGUUCCUUGCAUUUGCAUUGUGGUUUGCUAUGCACGAAUUCUUUAUCUCGUCCGAAAGGCAGCAUUUAGACACCGCGAAGCUCCUGCUAAAAAUAUUUCUUUCCAAAAUGAAAUUGCCAUUCCACCUCAACCCGACUCUGAAAAAAAUCUUAAUGACAAUCAACCUAUGAAAACCACUAAUGUGGCAGAAAUGCAUGAGGAAAUGAAACCAUUUGAUGUUUAUGAAGAAUUAGAAUAUAUCGACGUAAGUGACUCAUACGACAAUGGGCCGGAGUUCGAUGGAAUAGACAGUGUGCAAAAUCUUAAUAAAGAAGACAAUACAAAUACUAUUCAUGUAAAAAAUGUGAGUAAACCCUAUUUGAUAUAA